CUUAUGGGAGGAGGUCUCUACAGUUAAAUCUCAAUACAUAGGGUCCAUAUGGGGGGAAAAAAAGACUAGUACAUUUGUAACCGUAUAUUCAAGUCCUCCCGCCAACCUUAUCCCCAGACCCCGAGUCCCGGACCAACUUCACGGAAGACAGAAAGAAGGAAAGAAAACCUGAGGAAAACAUAUGGCUUCCACCUCCGUUUCAACCCUUUAUUCCUCUCUGUUUUGCCAUUCCCAUAUUAAUUUACAAUGUUGGAAUAAUCGAACAUGUUUCAGGCAUCCCAUGAGUUGGAGGAUAAGAGCUUCUUCAUCUGCUGCUUCUGGUGUGGACCUCAGCAUUCUUGAAUCUGCAAUUUCCAAGAAAGAAAGUGAUGCAGUUAAAGAAGUACUUGAUCAGCUGAGUGAAGUUGGUUGGGCGAAAAGGUGGAGUUCUCAGCCAUAUGUAUCACGCCGUACGGUCAGUCUCAACUGAGAAUGAGAAGUUAUGGGAAAGUUCUACUCAAGCAUUAACAUCUUCUACAAAUCUGUGCAUACAUACAUCUCUUCGAGAGUUGACAACCCUUGGGAUUAAAAAUGCAGAGAACCUUGCAAUCCCAAGUGUUAGAAAUGAUGCAGCGUUUCUCUUUACGGUGGUAGGAACAACUGGUUUUUUAGGUGUUCUCACUAGCCAGCUUCCUGGGGAUUGGGGUUUCUUUCUUCCAUACUUAAUUGGGAGCAUCUCUUUAAUUGUUCUGGCAGUUGGGAGCGUUUCCCCUGGUCUCCUUCAGGCAGCCAUUGGUGGGUUUGCAUCAUUUUUUCCUGAUUACCAGGAGAGGAUUGCUAGACAUGAGGCAGCUCACUUUUUAGUUGCCUACUUACUUGGCCUUCCUAUCCUUGGGUAUUCACUGGAUAUUGGAAAAGAACAUGUCAAUCUCAUUGAUGAAAAACUAGAAAAGCUGAUAUAUAGUGGACAGCUUGAUGCCAAAGAACUAGACAGGUUAGCAGUAAUUGCAAUGGCUGGAUUGGCAGCAGAGGGACUAACAUACGAUAAAGUGGUUGGCCAAUCUGCUGAUCUAUUCACUCUUCAGAGAUUUAUAAAUAGGAGCAAGCCACAGCUUAGCAAAGAUCAGCAACAAAACCUCACAAGAUGGGCAGUACUCUUUUCUGGAUCACUGCUUAAGAACAAUAAGGCACUUCAUGAAGCAUUAAUCUCUGCAAUGUCAAAGAAAGCAACAGUUGUGGAGUGCAUAGAAGCAAUUGAAACAGCAGGGUGAUCAAAACAUGAAAUUAUGGCAGUUUCGUGGAGAAGAACAAUCAACAUGAUUUAAGAAUGAGAACAAUGCACUUGAUCAGUCACAAAGCAGGAAUUCAUUUCUGACAAGGGAUUCAGCAUUGAGUCUGAAGAAAAUUUGCCACUCUGAGGGCUUUGCCUGAACCUGUUGAUUUGUUCUUUUUCUUCUCUCAGAUGAACUGAAAGUUGUCAUUCAAGAAGUCUAAGAUCCUUCAAUGCAUGUUGGAACUUGGAAGUAUGUUUUGGUAUCAGACAGUUACGUCAAAUUCUUAUCUUCCUCUUUAAACUGUACCAUAUCAUUACCUUUUAACUUCUUGGCAAUUGUACCAGUGGUCUAGUGGAUUAGAAAAAAAAAA